CGAAGAAGCUGCAACUUUUGUUACCGGCGGCUGAACAUGGCAAUUACAAGCAGGGCCCACACGGGGCUUGACUGACUUUGGCUCUUGACUCCAUUUCUCCAUUUCUUUCUCUUCCUCCUGCGGCCGUGGGUUCCCCUCUAUCUCUCUCUCUUCGUGCAGAGUGGCUUGUGCAGGUCGGGGCGAUGGGUCGAGCAGUGAGAUGAGCUGAGAGGAGGAGUUGGGACUUGGAAUUGGACGAUCAAAUUGAGCAGGAAGGUGCUGUCCAGUUUCAUCAGGAAACGACAACAGAGUAGCAUUCCCCUUCUCUGCAGUUUCUACUGGUUAAUUAAAAUUGAGGCAUGGAGGUCACAGCAGGGGCGAUGAGAGCUCUCCUCCCCAAGCUUGCUAAGCUGCUCAAGGAUGAAUACAACCUUGAGAAGCAUGUGAGGGAAGGGGUCAAGUCUCUGGAGAUAGAGCUCACGAUGAUGCAUGCUGCACUCCGUAAGGUGGCUGAGGUGCCCCUAGACCAGCUAGAUGAUCAGGUCAAGAUCUGGGCAUCCAAGGUGAGAGAGAUCUCGUACGACAUGGAGGAUGCCGGUGAUGCAUUCAUGGUACGUGUGGAAGAUGACUCCCAUAGUGGGCCCAGUACCUUCAAGAACAGAGUCAAGAGGCCUAUUAAAAAGAUAAGCAAAUUGUUCAGAAAGGCAAAGGAGCUCCAUCAGAUUGCUGAUGCCAUCAAGGAAGCCCAAGCCCUCGCGCAGCAGAUGGCUGGGUUGCGUGAAAGGUACAGCGGACUCGAGCUGCAAAACAGCGGCAUGGUUACUAGUACUAUUGAUCCACGCUUGACAGCAUUGUACAUCGACGCAACAGAUCUUGUUGGUAUAGAUCACGCUAGGGAGGAACUGAUCAAGACAUUGACAGAAGGUGAAGAUUCAUCCAAGCAGCAACUGAAGAUUAUCUCCAUCGUUGGCUUUGGAGGACCGGGCAAGACAACUCUUGCAAGAGCAGUGCAUGAGAAAAUUGAAGCACAGUUUGAUUGUUCGGCUUUUGUUUCUGUCUCUAGGAAUCCUGACGUAAGAAUGAUUUUCAAGAAGAUGCUUCAUCAAUUGGACAAAGUAAAAUAUGCAAACAUCAAUGAAUCAUCAAGGGAUGAAAUACAGCUCAUUGACGAAUUGAGAGAAUUUCUUCAGGACAAGAGGUACUUUAUCAUAAUCGAUGACUUAUGGGACGAGAGAGUAUGGGACUAUAUCAAGUGUGCUUUUCCUAAAGACAAUCUUGGCAGUAGGUUAAUCAUCACGACCCGCAAUGUCAAUGUAUCUAAAGCAUGCUGCUCUGCCAAUAAUGAUAUAAUCUAUAAAAUGAAACCUCUUUCUGAAGAUGACUCCAAGAAACUCUUCUAUAAAAGAAUAUUUCCUCAUGGGAAUGGAUGUCCUUGUGAACUAGAGGAAGUAUCCAAUGAAAUUUUGAAAAAAUGUGGCGGUGUGCCAUUAGCCAUAAUUACUAUAGCAAGCCUUUUGGCUAAUAAGGAGUUACAGACAAAGGAUCAAUGGUUUACUUUGCACAAUUCUAUUGGACGUGGACUUACAGAAGGCCGUAAUGUUGAAGACAUGCAGAAAAUAUUAUCUUUCAGCUAUUAUGAUCUACCUUCACAUCUGAAGUCUUGUUUAUUGUGUCUGAGUGUAUUCCCAGAAGAUUAUGAGAUUAGGAGAAACCGGCUGAUAUGGAGGUGGAUAGCAGAAGGUUUUGUGCAACAAACACAAAAUGGUGGUAGCUUAUUUGAGCAAGGUGAAAAUUACUUUAACGAACUCGUAAAUAGAAGCAUGAUCCAACCCAUUGAUAUCGAUGCUGAAGGCAGAGCAAAAGCUUGUCGUGUACAUGACAUGGUGCUUGAUCUCAUAUGCCACAUGUCAAGCCAACAAAACUUCAUCACUGUGUUCAAUGAUAUUGGGAAUAUCACAUGUUCACGAAACAAGGUACGCAGGUUAUCUCUCCAACAUAGCACCACAGAGUGCAAUACCCCUUGGUGUACCCUGACUAUGCUUCAAGUGAGGUCCUUCACUAUGUUUAGUCCUGCAAUUAACUUAAUGCCAUCCCUUUCAAGCUUUAAAAUGAUAGGAGUAUUGGAUUUGGAAGGUUGUGUUCACCUUAGAUACCUAGGACUACGAGACACAUACAUUAUAAAAUGGAAUAGUAAAUAUGCAGAAAGCCAUACCGCCACAUAUGUUGGUCACGAGCUCUCAGUGCAAAUUGGCAAACUAGAGUUUUUGCAGACACUGGACUUAGUUGGAUCUCGUAUAAACAAGUUGCCUGCCACUAUUGUUCAGCUUCGACGUUUGAUGUGCCUACGUGUUAGCUUUGACACAAGGCUGCCAGACAAGCUAGGCGAAAUGACAUCGCUAGAAGAGUUGUCGAGUAUCUCAACUAGUAAAUGUGUAGACAUUGUGAAAGAGCUGCGCCAACUGACCAGACUGAGAGUGCUUGCCAUCGAAUGGGAAGAAGUGGGUGAGAAGCAGGACAAAGCUUUAGUAGAGUGCCUGGGAAGUUUGCACAGGCUGCAGAUCCUGAAUAUCUACGCAUUUGGUGGAUGUCUGAAUCUGAUGCAGGAAGGCUGGAUGCCCCCUGUAUCUCUCCACAGAUUUCUGUCCAAAGGAUCUACCGGUUCGUUCUCGACUCUGCCGACAUGGAUCAACCCAUUGCUCCUCAUCACCUGUAUAGACAUGUGGGUUGAUCAAGUGCGACCGGGGGAUAUACAAAUCCUUGGAGAACUGGCAGCAUAGAGGAGCGUGUAGUGGAGAGAUUUGUGGUCAGCACCAACGCCUUCCAACGCGCGACAGAGUGCCAUCCAUGUUCCCACGAGGAGCCAUGCCGAGGGUUAGGUACCUUGAGUUCAGCCUCCGAGCAUGGGACAACGACAUGGCCAUCGGUAAUGGUAGCAGUGGUGAUCUCGACUUGGCCAUGGGACAUCUCCCUUCACUGGAGCGUGUGAGCGUUACGCUCUUGGUGCACGAGGUCUGAGGCGUGCAACCGAGGUCCACCCCAACAAUCCAACCCUUGUAGUCCGUAGAUGGGAUGAUCGACAUAUUCGGGAGCAAGAGAAUAAUCUGGCAGAUAAAGAGGAUGAUCUGCUAGAGGAAGAUGACGAAAAGGAGAGCUCACCACCCUCAGUCACGACUGACAUGUAGCAGAGCAAGAAGAUGGUACUCGAGCUUCGUCUGACGAAGAGAAACAAGAGGAAGACGUAUGUACCUUAAAAUCCUCCAAUAGCAAGCGUGAGCUUCCAUUCCAUUGUAAAGAUCACAGCUGCUAACGCUACAUAUGAUUUCCUUCCCAUAUGUACUACGUUUUGCUUCUCGUUUCUUUCUAUCUUGAUUUCAGUCGCCAUAUGUGCCAUGCAGGUAUUACUAGUUACAUAAUUCAUUUGUUCAGUCUACGAGUUAGUAGUGUUGCAAUGCUUGCUAUGAUGUGUAAAAUGCAGCAGCGCAACGUAGGAGCCAAUUUAGAACAACAGAAAAAAUGGGAACUCUUUUCAAAUACAAUUUUUAGUCAUCCUUUUUAAUUUUACUCCU